AUGUCCAGACACUUGAACGUCUCAAGAAACCGUCCUCAGCAGCAUCCCGAGAUGAACCAAGAGGGGGAAUCACAGAAGGAGGAUACUCAGGCCAGCCCCAACACACAGCAAGACCUUGCUGCUCUUUAUGAAAAAUUCUACCAAUUGAUCAUCAUGAUGAGCAAAGCUGUUUUAGACAUACGUGAGAAAGAAAUGGAGUUAAAACUCGAACCAGAUGAACAAGCAAAGCAAACAAUCAAGAUCUUAACAGAUGCAAUGGUGUUGAUGAGUAGAAAGAUGCCUCCGCCUUCAGGUAGAACGCAACACCAACAAGAGCAGCAGCAAGACCAGCAAGACCUCAAGGAUGCACAGAUUUGUGAAUUGUGCGAGAUGGCGUGGAAGGCCGCUGAAAGCAGAUUUGGACUGGAGCAAUUGAGCCAGACAAAUGAUGAGGAUUCUCUUCCACUGGGGAAAUCUGUGCCUACUUCAAAAGAAGUGGUGGUUGAUGAACAACAAAAGCUAAAAGAAAGUGCUUGUCCUCAACAAUAUUCAUGCAAAAGAUCUGGACUAUUACAAGCCAACGAAAGAUCUACUUUUUCGGUUCUUCCAAAGCUACGUUGCAUUGUGUUUCCACGCAUAGAACUAUUCGGUGCUCAGUACACCUUCACAGAGGUUAUGCUACCAUUGCAUAAGGACAAAACAACGAAUGCGGAUGAUUGUGGAAUAUACACAAUGCACCACAUGAAGCGGUAUGAUGGUGGUGAGUACGAGGAUGGUACUACUUUGGAUUUCAAAACAGGAAACAUCAAAGAGUGCCGGUGGAAAUACAUGAUAAAAAUCCUUACUACAAUGACAGAAAAAUCCCAGAAAAAUUCUCGAAGCAAUGCACCAGUUCUAUACAAAUACUGCUGA